AUGCAAUUUCGAAAUCGUUAUUUAUCAACAACAACGAUUCAUAAAAAAUUUGAUAAAUUACAACGAACACAAUUACCUGAUGAACCGGUCACAUCUUAUAUGGAGGAUGAUAUUAAUUUAUGUAGUGAAAUUGAUCCAUCUAUGCCUGAUUCAAUUAUUAUUAAACAUUUGAUGAGUGGAAUUAAUCCUGACUUUAGAAAAGAAAUUUCUAGACACGAAUCAUGUAUGAACGUAUUAAAUGAAUUUUUAAAAUAUGCUAAAAUUGAACAAGAUUUAUAUGAUACAUUUGAAAAAUCUCGUCAAUUAUCAAUUGAACCCAAACAAUCUUAUAUUACUUAUUCACAAUCAACUAUUCCUUCAUUAACAGCUACUAUGAAACAAUCACAACAAAAUUAUCAUUAUAUAAAAAAUAAUGAACUUUUACAUCCAUUACCACAACAGAGCUCCUCUAUUAAUCGGAACUCGGGUGAUCGAUAUACACCUAGAUCAACAUUUACACAUAAUAAAACAAUUCAAAUUAGUCCACAAGAACAUACAUUUAACAAUAAAAAUUAUAUUAAUAAUAAAUUACAAUUGCAACAAUCAUGUAAUUAUUGUAAAAUUUGUGGUCGACACAAUCAUCGAACAAUUGAUUGUUUUUACAAGCGUACAACCGGAUCUGGGUCACGCAAUGGCGGUGUUCCCAGUAAAUUUAUUAAGCCAUCAACAAUAACAUCUUACCCCAUUUAUAUCAAGAUCUUUGUCAAUAACCAACCAACUGAAGCAAUUAUUGAUACAGGAUCCGCCAUCUCAAUCAUUCAUUUAAAUUUUCUUAAAACAAUUCAUCACAAUAAUUUUAUUUAUAAAAAUCAUGCACGUCAAACAGCAAAUGCAACACCAUUAAAUAUUAUUGGUCAAAUAAAAUUAGAACUUAAAAUCAAACAUAUAACAAAUUUUGUCGUUGCAUUUGUUGCAACAAAUUUAAUUACAUCAAUGUUGUUAGGAAAUGAUUGGAUUAAUACAAAUCAUAUUCAUCUUUUUGGUGACCAGAAAAGAUUGACAAUUCCUGAUCAACUUGUCCAUCAAAUUACUCUUCCUCCAUAUUCAAAAACAUUAGUUAAUAUUACAUGUAGUGUUAAGAAUGAUAAUAAUUUGAUAUUUGAACCACAUCCAUGUAACAUAUCAAAAUUUAUUCUUAUACCACAUACAUUAUUAAAUAUUAAUAAUAACCAAGCUAAAGUAUUAUUAAUAAAUACGCAAAAUCAAUCGCAAACACUAUCAAAAAAUACACGAAUCGGAACUCUUUCAUGUCAUUCAACAUAUACAGUAUAUGCAACAACACAAAAUUCUGUUUCCAAUGAAAAUCAUAAAUUAAGAUCUCAACAUUAUAAUGAAUUUAAAUCUAGAGCUGUCUUAGAUAAAAAAGACACCUCGAAUCAAGAAACAUUAAAUAUUAUUUGUCAUCGUUGUAAUGAAUAUUUUUUAUCUGGUAAUCACUUACAGAAACAUUUACGAGCACAAUGUUAUUCUGACCAAAUACGAAAACAAAUAAUCGAAUCAACUCGACAUAUAGACAAUAAAAAACAUCAAUUAGCAAUUCAAGAUAUACUAUGGAGAAAUAAAAUACUAUUUGAUCCUACACCAUCUAUUAUUAAUAUCCCUUCGCAAUCUGCAAUCAAAACCAGUGAUCAUCCACCUAUUUAUUCGAAACAAUAUUCCGCUUCAAAUAAAGAUCAAGAUAUUAAAUUUCAAGAAACACAAAAACUAUUAGAGCGUGGUCAAAUUGAGGAAUCAACAUCUCCAUGGUCAUCACCUAUUGUUCUUGUGAAGAAGAAAGACAAAACAAUGCGAUUUUGUAUUGAUUAUCGAAGAUUAAACUCUAUUACAAUCAAAGAUGCAUUUCCACUGCCUCGAAUCGAUGAAAUUUUUGAUCAAUUAUCUGAUGCUAUAUAUUAUACAAAAUUUGAUUUUAAAUCUGGUUAUUUUCAGGUACCUCUAUCUAAAGAGGACCGUCCAAAAACAGCAUUUUCCACUCGUGAUAAUCAUUAUCAAUUCACUGUACUUCCACAAGGAAUAACAAACGGACCCGCCACAUUUCAACGUGUAAUUAAUCAUAUAUUAGGACCCGCAAGAUGGAAAUAUGCAUUAGCCUAUAUUGACGAUGUAAUUAUCUAUUCGAAAACAUUUGAAGAACAUUUAUCACAUCUUAGUGAAAUUUGUACAAUAUUAAAAAAUGCUCGAUUCCGCCUUAACCCGGAUAAAUGUGAAAUUGCUCGAACGCAAACUGAUUAUCUUGGACAUAAUAUUAAAAAUGGGGAAAUUCGUCCAAAUCCUAAUAAUAUUAAUGGUUUAUUAAAUACAAGAUUACCAGAAACUGCAGAUGAAGCUUGUAAAUUUGUUAAAGCAGCUCAAUAUUAUAGAAAAUUCAUUCCAAAUUUGUCUCAAAUUGCCGAACCACUUAGAAAAUUUGUUCCAACAACAAGAACUCAACAAAAGAAAGGACAAAAAACUACGAUUACAUUAGCCGGUAAUGAAAUUAAAGCAUUUGAACAACUUAAACAUUAUCUCACAACUGAUUUAGUGUUACGAUUACCAAAUAACAGAUUCCCUUUUAAAGUUCAAACUGAUGCGUCUGAUGAGGGAAUCGGUGCAGUAUUAUUACAAAUUUAUCCAGAUGGUGAUAGACCGAUCGCAUAUCUUUCAAAGAAAUUUACUCAAGCACAACGUAAAUGGUCUCCUAUGGAACAAGAAUGUUAUGCAUUUAUAUGUGCAUUAGAUAAAUGGCAUAAUUAUUUAAGUGGAAUUAAAUUUAUGUGGGAAACUGACCAUAAAGCAUUAACACAAUUAAAUCAAAAAGCUCAAAUUAACAAACGAUGUGAAAGAUGA